GACACAUUAAAAUACGAAUUUUAUUCAUAUUAUAUAAGUUAUUAAAAAAAUAUACUAUAAAUAAAUACUACUAACAAAUUAAUUUUAAAAUGGUAAAAGCUCAAAUAUAUUAAAUCAUGUUAAUAUAAUAAUAACCAAAGAAUUUUAAGAUGCUAAAGCUUACAGUAGCAGAGGAAUAUUAGCGACGAACAGCUCCAGUCUAAAAGUAAGAGUCCAGCUGCACAGGAACGGGGGAAACACAGAUCUUCAUCAUGGAUGCUAAUAACACUGUGGUGAAGUAUGGCAUCAUAGGAGUAGGUAUGAUGGGAAGAGAGCACCUCGUUAAUCUCCACCAUCUUCGCAGUGAAGGCGUUGCUGUUGUUUGCAUAGCGGAUCCUCAUCUCCCUUCCCAAAAACUUGCCAUUGAAUUAGCUCACUCCUUUGAUUGGCCGCUUAAGGUAUUUUCAGGGCAUCAGGAAUUAUUAGAAAGUGGGCUUUGUGAUGUGGUGGUUGUCUCCACUCCGAACAUGACUCAUUAUCAGAUCCUUAUGGAUAUUAUUAACCACCCUAAACUCCACCAUGUGCUUGUAGAGAAGCCAAUGUGCACCACAGUUGCCGAUUGCAGAGAGGUUGUUAAUGCGGCAAAAAAGAGGUCAGAAAUGCUGAUACAAGUUGGAUUGGAGUACAGAUACAUGCCACCUGUUGCCAAAUUGAUAGAAAUAGUUAAAGGUGGAAGUAUUGGGCUUGUCAAGAUGGUGGCAAUCCGGGAACAUAGGUUUCCUUUUUUGGUUAAGGUCAACAAUUGGAACAGAUUCAAUGUGAACACAGGAGGGACUCUGGUAGAGAAGUGCUGCCACUUUUUUGACCUGAUGAGGUUAUUUGCAGGUGCAAAUCCUGUUCGUGUGAUGUCUUCCGGUGCCAUGGAUCUUAACCAUAAAGAUGAAGUAUAUGAUGGAAAGGUACCUGACAUCAUUGACAAUGCAUAUGUGAUUGUUGAAUUUGACAAUGGUUCUCGAGGAAUGCUCGACCUAUGCAUGUUUGCUGAAGGGAGUAAAAAUGAACAGGAAAUAUCUGUUGUAGGUGACCUUGGAAAGGGUGAGGCCUUUAUUCCUGAGAAUGUUGUUCGUUUUGGAACUCGAAUGGGAGGAAGAAAUAAUGUUCACAGUUUUAAAGCUGAAGAUAACCGAAUAAAAUAUGAAGGACUGCAUCACGGAUCCAGCUAUUUGGAACACCUUAAUUUUCUGUCUGCAAUUAGAGGUUUGGUUGCUCCUACUGUGGAUUUGCGUGAUGGGUUGAUUUCAGUUGCUAUGGGAGUUGCAGCACAGCGUUCUAUUGAGAAGGGCGGAUUUGUUACAAUUGAGGAGGUCACUAACGGACAGAAUGGCAUGGAAUAUUGAUUUUAAUGACUCUGGUAGUAAUAUCAGCUUCUUAAUGAAACUGCACCAAAUUGUUUUACAAAUUGAUGUUAAUAGAUCUCUACCAGGUAUUCUGUCCCUGCUAAAUGUGUCUAUGUAACAAUGUAUAUAUGUUGCUUAUUCAAUCAGAAUUAGUAUUUAAAACUUCAUA